CUUGGCGCAGUGACGCAGGUUUCCGGCGGGCUUCUUAGAGCGCUGAACAGCUUUGGACCGAAGAACUGUGAGAGGGCCGGAUUCCGGUCCCGAACCUACGAUGGAGGGGGACGUGCUGGACACGUUAGAGGCUCUGGGAUAUAAGGGUCCACUGUUAGAAGAACAAGCCCUUGUGAAGGCAGCAGAGGGUGGACUAUCUUCACCUGAAUUUUCAGAGCUCUGUGUUUGGUUAGGCUCUCAAAUAAAAUCAUUGUGCAACUUGGAAGAAAGUAUCACUUCAGCUGGGAGAGAUGAUCUAGAAAGCUUCCAGCUUGAGAUAAGUGGUUUUUUGAAAGAAAUGGCAUGUCCAUAUUCUGUACUCAUAUCAGGAGAUAUUAAAGACCGCUUAAAAAAGAAGGAUGACUGUUUGCAGCUUUUAUUAUUUUUAAGUACAGAGCUUCAAGCUUUACAGAUAUUACAGAACAAGAAAUGUAAAAAUUCUCAAUUAGAUAAAAACAGUGAAAUUUAUCAGGAAGUUGAAGCUCUCUGUGAUACUCUUGGUAUAUCCAAGUCAACAACUUCUGACAUUCCACUUAUGCUAAACCAAGUGGAAUCAAAGGUGAAAGAUACUCUCUCAAAAGUCCAGAAAAAUCAUGUGGGAAAACCAUUGCUGAAAAUCGAUUUAAACCUGGAACAGGCGGAACAGCUGGAAAGAAUCAAUGAUGCUCUUUCCUGUGAAUAUGAGUGCCGCCGGCGGAUGUUGAUGAAACGAUUAGAUGUGACAGUGCAGUCCUUCGGGUGGUCUGAUAGAGCCAAGGUAAAAACAGAUGACAUAGCAAGAAUUUACCAGCCUAAGCGUUAUGCUUUGUCACCCAAGACAACUAUUACAUUGGCACAUCUACUUGCUGCUCGUGAAGAUCUGUCCAAGAUCAUUAGGACAAGUAGUGGCUCCAGCCGAGAGAAGACAGUGUGUGCCAUUAAUAAGGUGCUGAUGGGAAGGGUGCCUGACAGGGGAGGACGGCCGAAUGAAAUUGAACCACCACCCCCUGAAAUGCCCCCUUGGCAAAAGAGACAAGAAGGCGGUGGAAGGGGUGGUUGGGGAGGUGGAGGCGGAGGUGGUGGUAGAGGAGGUGGUGGAGGUGGAAGAGGUGGCUGGGGGGGUGGAGGUGGUUGGGGAGGUGGUGGUGGGGGAGGAGGAGGAGGAUGGGGAGCAAGUGGGGGUGGUAGAGGAGGUUUCUCAGGUAGGGGAGAAUACGGUGGGAGAGGGGGCCAUGGGGGAAGAGGAGGCUAUGGGGGUAGAGGUUAUGGAGAUCCAUAUGGAGGAGGUGGUGGUGGAUAUAGAAGAUAUUAA